AUGAGUGAUAUUUUGCACGACUCUCUCUUAAAAAUAUUUUUACAUUAUAAUGAAAUUAUUUACACCCCCUUCGAAUCAAUAUGCGAGGCAACAGAGCUCUUUGGGGUGGAGAAAUCUAUCACCGGCUGGGCUCAUUUUAUGCUUCGGACUAGAAUAGUGACUACCGGACUUAGUGACACUGAGGUCCGGGCCCGAGUGAGGAGGGGCUGCCCACAAGGAGGGGUAACAUCUCCUCUCAUGUGGAUCCUGGUCAUUAACGAGCUCCUAGUGGCGCUGAAAAACCUAGGAGUGUACACUGUGGGCUACGCUGAUGACGUCGUACUGAUGGUCAGAGGCACAAGCCCAGCAGAGAUGAGAUGGAGAACGCAACGUGCUCUAGAUCUCAUACAAAAAUGGUGCACCGGGAAAUCUCUAAGGGUCAAUCCCACUAAAACAGAGAUGGUGCUCUUUACGAAGAGGAGGAAGCUGAAAAUCAUAGCUCCCUCAAUUUUUGGCACGGAGCUUAAAUUCUCAAAGGAGGUACGCUACCUAGGCGUAACUCUGGACAGUAAGCUCACGUGGAGAAGCCACAUCGAAAAGCAGACCAAGAAAGCAACUGCCACUUUCUGGGCAUGCAGAAGAAUAUUUGGCAUAACAUGGGGUCUGAGGCCGAAAUUGAUCAAGUGGAUUUACACUACAAUUUUGGUACCACAGCUCACCUUUGCCUCUGUGGUAUGGUGGUCUUUGCUUAAGAAGAACAUCAACAUCAAGACACUAUUUAAGGUCUAUAAACUUUCUUUGCUGGGGAUAACUGGGGCUUUAAGAACCACAGCAACCCUAGCAAUGGGGGCACUCCUGAAUCUGGAGCCCCCACAUAUCACAGCAGAAGCUCUUGCUAUGAAAACAGCAAUGAGACUGCAUUUCAACGGAUACUGGAAAAGGACUAAGAUGGGACAUGCAUCCAUCCUAAGGGAUAGGGGACUCGAUGGGCUCCUAGCCCGGGGAGGAGACAUGAGCCCUCGUAGUUACCACUUCAGUCAUCACUACAGAGUCUUCAUUCCAAGUAGGCAGGAAUGGGAAGAAGAAAGCAAGAGCAUCCUGUCCCCCGCGGGGCUUGUCUGGUAUACGGACGGCUCCAAAAUGGAAAAAGGGGCAGGGGCUGGUAUCUACAGCAGUGGACCGAAAACAGAAAUUUCUCUGCAACUAAGGGACACUGCAUCGAUUUUUCAGACAGAGGUAUACGCGAUUUGGGCCUGUGCAGAGCACAUCAAAAAGCUCAAUCACAGGAACAAGCACAUCUACAUCUGUAGUGAUAGUUGCGCAGCGCUCAGAGCACUAGAACAAAUAGAAGUGUCCUCGAGGCUGGUGCGUAGCUGCAUGAAUUCGCUGGAUGAACUGGCGAGAUACAACAGAGUCAAACUCCUAUGGAUACCGGGUCAUAGCGGGAACGCAGGAAAUGACAGAGCAAACGAACUGGCGAAGGCAGGAGCCCGCAAGAGGGACCCCGAGCCAAUGUUCGACAUAGCAGCGCCUUUCAGCCUCAUUAAGCAACAGACUUCUUUAUGGGCUGAUAACAAGUUCCAGGAAGUGUGGACUGAAGCAAAAGGCAUGCUGCACACGAGGGCACUAAUAAAAGGACCCUCUAGAACACUAGGCCUGUCCUCGAUAGGGCUCGACAAGAAAACGCUAAGGCUAACUGUCGGGUUCAUCACAGGACAUUGGACAACUGGCAGACAUCUGAAGCAUAUGGGCAUCUCAGAGAGCUCUGUAUGCUCCAGAUGUCGAUCAGAGGAGGAAACACCUCGACACCUAAUCCUCCAUUGCGAGGAACUAGCAACAGUUCGGGAGAACAUACUAGGAUUCCGCAAUGGAGAGUCGAUCGAUGUGCUGGAGAUUGGCGUGGGACGGCUGCUCCACUUUCUGAAGCAGACAGGCCUGGCCAAUUCUUCGGCGACGUAA